AACAAUGAAAUAGACCAUAUGAUUUAAAACAUCGAGUAUGAAACGAAAUCUAGACAGUAAAAUUUUAAUUUUUCUUGGAAUCGUCAUCGUAGCAUUGGUUGGCUUGAAAACCUAUCGAAGUUUAUCGUUUAAAGUAAGAGUUUGAUUUCUUUCUGACGGCUUUUGUUGAGAACUUCAGACCACACUGCUUGUGCAAAAAAUACCGUGGCCUAUAUACUAGCUGUGCAAACAUAUGGCAGAAAGCAAAGAACAGGCCCUUUCGUCACUCAGCGAAAUUUUGAAUAUCGAUCGCGAGCUGGCGAGAUAUUAUUUAGAAAGAAUGCGUUGGAGUUUAGAGGUAAAUUGCUAGGAGUAAGAUUGCCUUGAGAUAAAAUAUAAAGGCUGUGAUUACCUAGCUAUUAAUUAUUAAAAGUAUUGAUCAAUGAUGAUGUAUACAAAGUAACAGUCAUGUAUAAGGAUGUGAAUUUCUAAGAUCCAGGCAUUAUUAUAUACCCCCUGGAUAUUCAUCCAACACCGAAUCCCAGAUCCAACACAGUAUUAAUAAACACAUGCAUAUAUAAUUAUGUGAAAUGUCAGCUGUUCUUUCCGAAAAUUUUUUUUCUGAAUCUUUCACACAUGCUAACCCCUAGCCUAAGCUCUAACUAGUCAUUAUCCUAACUGCUCUUUACACUCGUACAUAUAUGCACAUAAUUCCACACCCAGAUUUGAUCUGGGCAAUAGUGCAUGCCAGGCAAGUGCCUUAACCACUUGGCUACUGAAGAAUUGCUGGCAAUCAAAUGAAAUUUAUUUGGUAUCAUUUUGGCAUAUUUGAAAAAGAGGAAAAUAUUUUUGUCAGACAACCAAAUAUUUGGAUCUGGUGUUGUACAAAUAACCACUGCUUACAAAGUAACAGUCAAGCAUACUGGUAGCCACUACUAGCUAUCUCUAUAAUCCGCUUUCUUUGAUCAGCCAAGUAACUAUAAUGGUAUGUUGAUGCAGCACAAUCCCCUUGCUGAGAUAAUUAGAGAAACGUACUACAAGGAGAUUUAUUGUUUGCAAACACCAGUACAUAAUGGCGUAAGAUGAUUGCGUAUGAAGACAGUGUCACUGUGAUCAAACCACAAAUCUAGAUAUACAACUACAGUAGGAGAUUUAUUGUUUGCAAAUACCGUCAUCUUACGCCAUCAUGUAUAGGUGUAUGUAACAAGAUUGUGGCAUGAGUACACGAAACCAUAUGAAGAUGUCAUGAACUACAAAUCUCAUAGUAGUAUAGUCAUGCUUAUUGGCAAGUCUAAAUUUAUUCAAUAGCUAUCUAGUGGCUGUCUGGCUGAGGGAGGGAGUUUCUGUCUGGUUGCAUUGUAGCUCAAUGGGUUAACAAAAUACAUUGACAGAUAUUAAUAGCUUAGCUAAUGGCUGAGUUGACUUAAAUAAUUCUUUCAUUCCAGGGUGCAAUUAAUGAAUAUUAUUCAGACACAGCAGAUAAGCCUGCAGGAAAGGUUUCAAAUGAUAAGGUGAGAACUCAUAAAGCAUUGGUGAUUGACUAAUUACUGUAAGGUCUGAAAAUAAAAUAGCUGUGGUCCAGUUUCAUAUUGUGAAAAAAUUAGGGUCGAUAGUUUGGAAAUAUAUAUAUUUUAAAAUAUUUUUUUCAUGGUUUUUUCAAUAAUUAGUGUGACAACAGACGCCAUUUUGGCAGCAGCCUGCAACCACCCGGAGAAAAUAGGGUCUAACGGUCAAUCGUGUUGAAAAAAUAAUAGGGUUGGUCGGGAACCGGAACCACAGAUGAAAUGCUACAUUAUAGAACCAUUAAAUACUUCAUUAUUUUAUCUAGCCACCUUCUUAUUCCCAGAUUGAAGGGGAACCAUCAAGUCCCAGGUAUGUUGUAUGUCAAGAAUUUCGUUUAGGCAUCAUAAUAUUAUCAGCCACACCCAUAUUCACCUGGUCAUAAUAAAGUAUUUUGAAUCACCUUUGCUGUUCUAAAACUUAAUUUUUUCAUAAAAGCACCAAUGCUUCUGAUGGCCCUCAGAGCCUCAAACUUCUCUGCUGGAAUCUCGAUGGCUUGGACACAGUCGACUUGGAAGAAAGGACAACAGCAGUUGUUGAAAACAUUCUCUUGCUGAAGCCCGAUGUUGUACUGCUUCAAGAAGUAGUAGCAUAUUCACUGAAGAUUUUUCAAGAAAACUGCGAAGGGUAAGAUACUGUUCUAGAGAGGUUCAGACUAGGCCUGGAAAAUAGGGAUCCUGGAUAUUGAGGAAGAUUUGUCUUGAAGAAGAUUGAGGAACGUCUUCAAUUUUUUCACACAUACGUUAGGCCUAAAAAUAUACCUGUGGAUCCGGUUUGCCUACCGACCCAAUUUUUUUCUGCUGACCCUAUUAUUUUUUUGACGCGAUUGAACGUGCGACCCUAUUUUCUCUGGGUGGUUGCGGGCUGCUCAUUCAUGCCAAAAUGGCGUCUGUUGUUACAAUAAUUAUUGAACCAAAUUGCCUAAAUUCGUCCACAGGAAAUAUGCAUCUCUAGUUAAUAUUCAUCUCGGGACCCUACUGAAAAUCGCCCAUGAAAAAACCGCCAAUGAAAAAAUCGCCUGAACCAUGAGAAAAAAAAUAUUCCAAAAAAAUGUUUUCCGACCUACCUACCCUAAUUUUUUCACGCUAUAUGUAACCGCGGAAUCACUGGUCUUUUUUUAAAAGUCUUUGUGUGUCUGAUUACCAAUCUGGUAGCAAAGUUCUAACGGUGAUUUUAUAACCGUGAAAGCAUGCCUGAGUACACUGUUCACAAAAAUUGAAUAAGUCACAUAUUAUUAGCACCAAUGAAGAUCCAGGCUUACAGAUCGAAAGUUUCGCAGUAAUAAACUUACGUGGUGUUUCCACGAACAAAAAGUAUUAUAUGUUUUAUCGCCAUGCAAUUCUACAAAGAACUUAUUAGCAUCCAAUGUGUUUCUUAGAUACAUCGUGCUGGCUGGCAAUCACACAGUCCCUUACUUCAACGCGAUAUUAAUCCGAACGAGCACCGUACAGACGAAAGCAACCUCGCUGAAAAUAGUUCCAUUCGAAACCAGCAUCAUGGGACGUCAUUAUCUCAUUCAUCCAAUCAAAUUCGCGGACGCCAAGAUCGUUGUGAUGACGUCACAUUUGGAAAGUCUCGUCGACAACGGCGCUGAACGAAAGAAACAGUUUUCGGAAAUUCUAGACUACAUGAAACGCCAGAAUGAGAACUUUAAUGUGAUAUUUGGCGGGGAUACGAAUCUUCGCGAUACCGAGGUCAAUGCUGUGGGGGGUGUACCUAGUGGGAUCCUUGACGCGUGGGCAAGCUGUGGUAGUGCGCUGAUCACAAAGUACACAUGGAACAUGGCUGAAAAUAACAACAACGGCAAAGCGUAUCAACGGCCCCCUAAACUUCGAUUCGAUCGAAUCUUUGUCCGCCCAGCGAAAGAAGCAAAAGCUAUUAAGCCUAGCACGUUUUCUCUCGUAGGAAAAGAACGGCUAAAAGGCUGCAAAAGAUUUGCCAGUGAUCAUUGGGCCAUAUGGUUAGAAUUUAGCAUUCAAUAGAAGGAUAAAAUCAAUUUUUAUUAUCGAGACUUAAAGACCCUUGUACACGCUAAAUAAUAGACUAGUGUUUUAUUUACUGUAGGUUAGGUUUUACAAUUAGCAUUAUUUUAUUUUCCCCAAUUCUAAUCAAGUUUGGAAAGUUAUCUGAUUUAAAUAAGACGAUUACAUUGCAAAGUUUUCGGAAUAUUUUCUGUGAUGCAUUCUUUGAAUAUUCCGUACGAGAUGUAAUAUAUCAAAUCCAACUAUAUGCAUGGGGCCUAGCCUUACAAUAUAUCCAACCGUGGGAUCGGUUCAGUCCGAGGACUGGUUGAAUUGAAAUGAUUGCAUAUCUAUGAUUGCAUAGUCUCCCGGUUAGCGGAAACAGUGAGUGACAGACUAUAACCUAUAGCCGAUUAGCACAAGUGGCGGACAAAUAGGGGAGGGACUAUAGUGACAAUAGACUAUUGUGAAAAAUUCUAUGAUAAAGAAAAAAAUCUUGUACGUCGGGCAAUUUCAUGAACGUCCGGCAAAUUUAUGGAAAUUAUCCCCCCCUUCCCCCCCAAAAAAAAUAACUAACUGUUCCGCCACCACUGGUUACCAAAAACUGCUUUGCAGAUGAUCGAGUUCGUCGUAAAUUUGCAGAGCGACAGCACAAUAUUUAAUCGUUUUCGUUUGUUCAUAACACCACCUAUAUUUAUGUUGCACAGAAUAAUGCUCAGUUUGAUAAAAACCCGGUCUUAUGCCUAAUUUCCACUAGGCGGAAUUUUGCGCGCGGAGCGGAAACUUUCUUUGUCUUGUGAUUUC